GGCCUCUGCGCCAGCCACAUAACAUCUCUCGACUCCACCUCCCACAGCACACGCCCGACUCACCCUCCUUCCACGACACCCUCUCCCACCAUGGGCGCAGAGGAGCAUCCCCAGUCCAACCCGCUCGUCCCGAAGCAAUCUCGGACCCCGUACCAUAUCAGCGGCAAGCCCGAGAAGCAGGAUCUCGUCGACGAGUACAAGGGCCAGAACCUCGAUGUGCUCAGGACGCCUGCACUCGUCAUCGACCGCGCCGUCUUCGCGCGCAACUGCGCCAAGAUGCACCAGCUCGCACAGAACCUUGGCGCCAGGUUCCGCGCGCACGUCAAGUCUCACAAGACUCCGGAGGGAACCAGGCUCCAGCUCCUCUCUACUGUAGACGAAACCCACUCCAUCGUUGUGUCAACCGUCAUGGAGGUCUGUGAGGUCUUCCGCGCCGGACUUAUGGCCGACGGAACGGUCAAAGAUGUCCUCUACGGGCUGCCUAUGGCGCCAAAUAAGAUCGCAGAUCUAUCUGCCCUAACCGACGAACUGUCCGCAGUGGGCGCGUCUAUGCGCAUCCUCCUCGAUCACCCUGACCAAGUCAAGGGCAUCGAGGACUGGGAGGCCACCAAGACAAAUCACAGGGAAUGGUCUGUGUUCAUCAAAGUUGAUAGCGGCAACCAGUAUGUGUCCGAAUUGUCUUUCUCAAAGUGUGCACCCGACAAAUCGCCAAGCAGGCGAGCAGGACUCAAGCCCGGUACCCCAGCCUUCACGACACUGCUUGAGGCCGCCCUUGCUUCCCCCUCUAUCUCCGUUUACGGCUUCUAUACCCAUGCGGGAAACUCGUACGCGUCGACAUCCUUUGAAGAAGCGACGAACUAUCUCUUGUCGGAGGUAACCGCCGUCAAUACCGCGGCAGCUGUCGCGCUCAAGCUCAUCGCCGCGAAACCUCACCUCUCGCAACCUAGGGAACCUUAUGUUCUCUCGGUAGGCGCCACACCAACGGCUCAUGCUGCGACGGAAGAGCUCCGAGCCAAACUUGAGGCGACUCUGAACGGUGUGCUUGAACUCCAUGCAGGCAACUACCCCCUCAACGACCUCCAGCAACUGAACACCGGCCUGAUCAGCCCGCGUGAUAUCGCCUCGCGUGUGCUCGCGACCGUCAUCUCGUAUUACCCUGGUCGCGGUGAGGACGGGUCAGACGAGGCGAUGUGCGACGCAGGUGCGAUUGCCAUGAGCAAAGACACCGGUCCGCGACCCGGGUACGGCGACAUCAUCGGCAAGCCCUGGAGGAUGGGUCGGUGCUCGCAGGAGCACGGGAUCCUCGCACAGAUGCCGCCGGAGCAGUUCGCUCUCGGGCCCAUACAGGGCGACGGCAGCCUGAAGCUCGGCGACAUGGUGCAGAUUGUCGGACAGCACGCGUGUUUGAUCCUCGCUGGCUACCCGUGGUACUACGUCGUGGAUUCCGGUGUGGGCGACGGUAACACCGUCGUCGACGUGUGGGUGCCGUGGAAGGGCUGGUGACUGUCGCGGCGCGUACGCUAGACGCGCCUGCGUGCCAUCUUGGGGGCUAGUAUGCGAGAUCUGAGAGGCAGAACGUAUCAAUACUUACUCUGUACUUGUAAAAUGCGUAUGAAACUCGAGCCUGGCGCUAGCUGUGUAUACGCU